CCCCGCCUUCGGGCCGUCUUGCCGGCUUCCGUCACAUGUACCAAAUCAUCCAACAUGAACUCAGUAAACACCAUCCGUCUGAGAUGACAACCCCCGGCUGAACCUCCCUCUCGCCAAAGAGUUCCGGCAUCUCCCCCGUUUGAGGCCGUCGAAGUCGCACCCGAACCAUGCCGAAAGCCCAAGGACGUCCACCUCUUCACCGUUCCCCCAGCCUCUCGCCGCAACCUUUCCCUGGACAGCAUCGAAUGAUGGAGGGCAGCAAACGUAAUCAGAUUGGAUUUUUUUUCCCCUGCCCGUUAGCACAACUAUUCUCGAAGAGGAGACCAAAGCCGAGAUCCCCGUAAAUCAACCCGGGCCCUGAUGAUGUACCCCAACUGGACCCGUCGGCCUUGUUCGCCCCUCACAUGCGCCAAGGCCUGGCCAAGCUCUUGGGAGUGGGGGGAGAGCCUCAACGCUCAUCUCGUCUCGGCCUCUAUUUUUCCACGUCUCGUUCCUCGCCGUUGUCGAGUCUUGGCCGUUGGUGCCCUCCCCACCGCCCUGCCCGGGCCGCCCCCGAUAGGCAACCAAACGCCCGGGGAAAGGAAUGAACAAUCAGAGAGAGAGAAAAAAAAGGGGACAUCCUGUACCCCGACAUGGUGCAUAUGCAAACGCCCGCUUCCAAUUCCAAGAAAAGAAGAGAGGAAAAUGAAGGAAAAAAGUCGGCCGGGCCAAGAAAGACGAACUCAUCAGACAUCCCACUGCGCAUGCGGGAAAUCAAUAUUGGAGAGCUACCCCCUUCCCCCCCUGGGCAUACGCGACUGCAGCUUCCCAGUCACCAUGCCAAUGAUUCCUCCAUGGCACGGGUCAGGUUGGACGUCAUGAUCUGAUGCUCUCUGCUGUUGCCGUUGCCGCUGUACCGCUU